UCCAGCAACAGCACCAUCGAAUCUUCCCAACCAGGACUAUUUGGGAAUAUCUCCCUGCAAAACAAAGAUGAAUUCAGUGUGUUUGUCCGCUCCUGUUUCUAAUACUAUGAAGACUGAUAUUCAGCAAACAAAUAGCAGCCUAGCUUCCCUGUGGAGACCGUGGCUCGUGACCCGCAAGGAUGCACAAACUGAAUGCAGGAGAACUAAGAUUGCUUGUCCUUACUCCAGGCCAACAGUACCCAGCAACACUACAACAGAUGCCAAAACACAGUCUUUCCAGCACCCAGUCAGGCUUUACUGGCCCAGAUCAAAGUCUUUUGACUACCUCUUCAGUGACGGCGAAGCUCUGCUCAGAAACUUCCCCGUGCAGGCCACCAUCAACUUCUAUGAUGAGUCAGACAGUGAGGAUGAGGAGGACAGCUGUGAGGAAGAUGACGACAGUGACACAGAGGAGUGUGUUAAACUUAAUGGACACUUUACCAGUUACAAUUGAGUCUUCAAACCUUUGUAACUGUACAGUUGUGUGAGUUUAGACGCUCAUAGAUUUUAAUAUAAACACUGGAUAAUGAUUUAUUAUUUAAUAAUUGAGAGAGCAUGGAAAUGUCAUCUGUCUGAGCAUGCAAAGCACAGCCAGGAUGAUUUUAUUAAUACUGAUUUUUUUCAUGCCAGAAACUUCGGCAUAUAGAACAGAACAGAUAAGUCCUGCAAAAAGUAAUUCCUGUUGGGAACAGCAAAAUGCAUUCCCACAUUGGGAAGUGUUGUGUCAGAUUGAUCUCAGGGUUCAUGCCUUCGUUUGUACAUAAAAUUGUAUUUUAUUAUUUUCAUGCUUAACUUAUGAUGUGUGUACAUACAGUACAUCUUAUGUAUAUAUGUAUUUAUGCCAGAUUUUCUACUUUUGUACUUGUGAUUUAUAAUAAAAUCUAUUUAAAUGUGUGCAUACAU